AAAGACACUGAUCGUGCAGACAGUAGCAGAUGGACGAGUCCGACUUUCACUGCAUUCGCGCCACAUUACAGGUGUUUACUGAGUACUGGUCGACUGUUUAAGUCGAUUUUUGACUGUAUUUUUUUUCUUUUUAAGGAAAACACGACCAACCUGUUGCGUGUAUUUAUAUAUAUAUUUAUUUAUGUUUUGCCUGGCAUAUUAUUUUGUCACCGACUUCAACUUGAAAUGUACUUCUAAAGUUAAAGGUAUGGACUCUCUUGAAACUCAGCAGCCCAAGCUCUUUUCUGUAGUGGGUAGCUAGCCGUGCCUGGCUAGGUGUCUUAUCCUGUGGGGCUCUUCUUCCUGGUCCUUGGAUACAAACCUCCAGAACUUCCCAGUUCUUUUAAGACUCCCUUGGCCCCCACUGAACAGACCUGGAUCACACUGUGGGGCGAGAUGGAGGAAAGACGGGCACGGUCCUUCCACAUGUCGUGCCAUGUGCAGAGGGACUAUGGCAGCAGGUUGGGGAGCUCCUUCCUAAGCUGCAGUCCCAAUGGAUAUGCCAGCACUAGCCUCAGCAUGGACGAGGAGAUGGAUGUUGACCUUGCAGCCUCCACCGACGCUAAAGCCAGGAGUGCUGCUGGACGGGCUCCUCCACCUGACAGAAGCCACUACUCUCCUGUUUCACUGGAACUGGACCCCACAGCAGUGAAUAAUGGAUCAGGCAUUCCCUGCUGUCCACCAGCAGACACAAAGGACCCAGUGCUGCAGAUAGUACCUGACCAGUCUUCUACCACCUCUGUCCCACCACCUCUCCCUCGUUCGAGCUGGCUGCAUCACCAUCAAAAGGAUUUCCAGAGCCCUUACAUCAAGACUAGCAUGCAGGGGGAUGUUUACAACUUUCUUGAGAGACCUGCUGGACUGAAAUGCUUCCUCUACCACUUCCUUGUAUUUGUCAUGGUCCUGGUUUGUCUAAUCUUCAGUGUCUUGUCAACUAUAGAGCAAUAUGCAGACUUUGCCACUGGCACCCUCUUCUGGAUGGAGAUUGUGCUGGUGCUGUUCUUUGGCACGGAGUAUGUGGUCCGGCUGUGGUCGGCAGGCUGUCGCAGCAAAUAUGCAGGCAUCAAAGGACGCCUCCGCUUUAUCAGGAAGCCCAUAUCAAUCAUAGAUUUGAUAGUGGUCAUUGCCUCCAUCAUUGUGCUCGGUGUAGGGUCCAAUGGCCAAGUCUUUGCCACGUCUGCCAUCAGGGGCAUCCGUUUCCUCCAAAUCUUGCGCAUGCUCCAUGUGGAUCGACAGGGAGGAACGUGGAGGCUCCUGGGAUCUGUAGUCUUCAUUCAUCGACAGGAGCUGAUCACCACUCUUUACAUUGGAUUCCUGGGCCUGAUCUUUUCCUCCUACUUUGUCUACUUGGCGGAAAAGGAUGCCGUGGAUGAGGAGGGCAAGACGGGCUUCUCUAGCUAUGCCGAUGCCCUGUGGUGGGGCGUGGUGACCGUCACCACCAUAGGCUACGGAGACAAAAUUCCUCAAACGUGGAUAGGCAAGGCCAUCGCCUCCUGCUUCAGUGUCUUUGCCAUCUCCUUCUUCGCUCUACCAGCAGGUAUCUUGGGCUCAGGGUUUGCUCUUAAGGUCCAGCAGAAGCAGAGACAGAAGCAUUUCAACAGACAGAUCCCUGCUGCAGCCUCUCUCAUUCAGACACUGUGGCGAUGCUACGCAGCAGAGAAACCAGGCAGCUGCGCUGCCACAUGGAAAAUGUACGUCCUAACUCCAGAGGCUGUCACCAUUGACACCUCCAGUCCUAAUAUCAGGAAACUACAGUUAUCGAAAAGGGGCACCAAGCGGAGGUUGAAGUCCAGAGGUAACGGCUCAGUGGGCGUGGCCUCGGAGAGGGCUAUAUCAAUCCCCCAGAUCACCUACGAUCACAUUGAUGAUUCUGCGGAGAAGAAAGAUGUCUCAUUUUUCUUGGAAGAGCCGAGGGGGACUGUUGAAGGAAUCACCAGGAUGUUGAGACAGACAGGUCCUCCUCAUCACUCUUGGUCGUCUUUUACUCUGAGCUGCCCUGGCUCUCCAGUGAGGAGGAAUCUUGACAGCAGCACUUCCAUGGACAUCUCGCGCGCCGACAGCUUAACUGAUGAGCUCUACUACAUGAGUGAGGACAUUCCCCUGCCUGUGGUGACCAAGAACGAUCAGCUGUCGCACGCCCAGAGAUCAGCAGUGAAAGUCCUUCGCAGAAUGCAGUACUUUGUGGCCAGGAGGAAAUUUCAGCAAGCACGGAAGCCCUACGAUGUGCGGGACGUGAUCGAGCAGUAUUCCCAGGGUCACCUCAACAUGAUGGUCCGCAUCAAGGAGCUACAGAGAAGGCUGGACGGCACACUGGGAAAGCCAGGAAUGUUUCUUCCAGGAAAAGGGGAAGAUAAAGAAUACCCAACUAUUGGAGCACGCCUGAUCAGGCUAGAGGAUAAGGUUUAUCAGAUGGACCGGAAGAUGGAUUCAGUCCUGCAGAUCCUGAUGAAGCAGUUCCCGCCCAAGUCGGAGCUGACGUCCAAGCCAUCCAUCCACAGGGUGACCAUCCAGAAAUGCAUGGGUACCAGUAUGGAUGAAGGGCCCUGAUGUCACAGAGACGGUUGCAUUGGUAAUAUUGAUGUCACAUCCAUGGACAAUUAAAAAGGCAGUAGUACACAUAGGCUAGUCCCUUGCACAGGGGCCUGCAAAAUAAAAAGGGGGACCCCAUUCCCUCCCUUUGUUUUUUCUCUCAAUUUCUCACAGACCUUUGACCCCUGAGAAGAGAACAAGUUUUAACAGAGAACCACUGAGAGUGAGACUGAAGAAUGACCUUCUAUGUUUGUUUGGCCUGUUAGGCUCUCUUGUUUUUUUUUUAAUUGUCUACAAGCAUCUUUCCUCCUGUGGGCACUGAUUCUGCACAGACUGCAUGAAUUCAUUUCAAUCUAUUAGAUUAACCUCGUAAUCACACUACUCAGAUGAUGUUCAUUUAUGUGUGGCUUGUCAUUGAGCUACAUUCCGCUACUUCAAAUAUUAUUUCAAAGCUAACUAACCCAGUAAUGAAGUUGUAAUGCAGUCAAAACACUCGAGCUCCCCAAAGACACAGAGAAAAGCUGAGAGUCCAGUCAUGGCAUUCCUCAAAUCCUUCUGAUUAUCUUGGCACCAACCACAGCAAGUACACAACAGGGUUAUUUCCAUAGCCACAUAUCCAUCUAGACUGCAGCGGGUAUUUGUUAGUAGUGAUCAAAUAACACGAGGAGGGAAAGGCAGAUUAUCUGUUGACUUUGCCCUGUGUUACUGGCCCAAAAGAAAUAGAACUAAAGAAAUGUGUCUGGGGUGGGUUGAGCUGCUAACAUGGUGCUGAUUUACAGCUACAUUAGAGCUGAUAAAAAUAGCCAAACUGAUGAGACACUGCCUGGUGUUGUGUUUGAGGAAUACAGUCAUUCACGGCGUGCUCUCUGUUUGCUCAAGGUUUUUUAAAUGAGAGGCUUCGUAUGUACUGUAUUUUGAUCUCGGACUCUCAUGGCAGCACCACCAGACCCCGACUUAAUAUCCUCCAUUACCCUCUUUUAGGGGCUUGCACUGCUGUGUGCUAUUUGAAAUAAAUUUGCCCCAUUAUAACUCUGAUUGUUUUUUUCUCCUCUGAGCUAAUUGAAUGCCGAAUUCCUGGUAAAGAGAGAUUACGCACUGUGAGUGUCUAAUGAAAAGAAACACUGGAAAAUGUGCAGAAUUUAAACAGUAGGCUUUACGGAGCUGGCGCACUAAGUCAGUAUGAAAUGUUAGGAAAUAUCAGGCUACCGCUGAGAGCCCACAUUUGCAAUAAAAAGACAAUGCUCACACUGUGCUCUCAUACUCAUUGUAUUUAUCUGACAGAACACUAAGGUAUGUAGGAAGCUGAAAAUAGAAAAUAACUCAACUAUGUAGCUACUGUAUGAAAGGCCUCCCCUAAUUAUAGUAUUCACAUUCCUAAAAAGACAAAAUGUGCACACAAAAGAGGGGUGAACAAGAAAGAAAGAGGAGGAGGGUGUCUGCCUCUCUGCCUGCACUAGCAUAUAUUUUCAUAUUUUUGCUGUGGCAGUCAUUAUCUAUUAUUUAUCGUAUAAGAAACAAACUGGUUGUAUUUUAAAGGAUCUAAUUUUGUGACAGACCCUGAUACAUAUCUGUCUGUCUGUGUUCUCUUGUACAGUUUUUUU